GCGCAGCGGCAUGGCGUCCCGGGCCAAGAGGCGAGCGCUGGGCGGCGGGGUUCCGGGGCCGCCGGGAGACGGGGUCCCGCGUGACGAGGAGGAAGAGGAUGGAACCGAGGACGAGGACGAGGAAGACGACGAAGACAGCGACGAGGAAGAGGACGACGAGAUGGUUGGCCAGGAAGUGAAUGUUGACUUCGAAGCUUACUCCAUUUCAGAUAGUGAUCAUGACGGAAUUAAGAAACUACUACAGCAGCUUUUCCUAAAGGCUCCUGUGAACACCGCAGCGCUAGCAGAUCUGUUAAUUCAGCAGAACCAUGUCGGGAGUGUGAUUAAGCAAAUGAAUGUUUCAGAAGACAGCGAUGACGAUAUGGAUGAAGAUGAGAUUUUUGGCUUCAUAAGCCUUUUAAAUUUAACUGAAAGGAAGGAUACCCAGUGUGUGGAACAAAUCAAAGAGUUGGUUCUCAGCUCCUGUGAGCAGAGCUGUGGCAAGAGCGUGGUUGAACAGCUGGAGAAGCUUUUAAAUGACACCACCAAGCCGGUGGGCCUUCUGCUAAGUGAGAGAUUCCUUAACGUCCCUCCCCAGAUCGCCCUGCCUAUGCACCAGCAGCUGCAGAAAGAACUAGCAGAGGCACACAGAACUAACAAACCUUGUGGGAAGUGCUUCUCCUACCUGCUGAUCAGCAAGACGUUUAUGGAAGCAGGAAGACCCCGUUCCAAGAAGGGGAACAGCCAAAAGAAGGAAGUCUUAAUGUUCGCAAAUGCAGAGGAAGAAUUCUUCUAUGAGAAGGCGGUAGUCAAGUUCAGCUACUCAGUGCAGGAGGAGAGUGACACUUGUCUGGGUGGGAGAUGGUCCUUCGAUGACGCGCCCAUGAAGCCCCUGCGAACUGUGAUGCUGAUUCCGGGCGCCGAGAUGAGUGGCAUCAUGGAGAAGCUGCAGGAGCACCUGUCCCUGUAGCCCCUCCCGUGCACCGUGACGGGCUUGGUGUGUAAAAUGAUGAGGAAACCGAGAUUUACUGAAAAACGCAUCACUUUAUUCAGAUUAAGGUCCUCUACAAAAAGUAGGGCUCUUUUUCCUGUGUCUAUGACAUGUUUACAAAAUACUUUUUUUUCAAUUUGGGUCAAAUUAUGAAUGGUUGAUUAAAAUCUUCCCAUAUGAAGAACACAUGGAGCAGGUAAUUGAAAGAACGCAAUAAAAACUCGUUAUUUUUUUAUUUUAAAAUCUUA